AGCCUGUCUUCGGUCACAAGCUUUGCUCCCUCAAGACAGAAGAUUUUCGUGUUCGUUCUAGCAAAAAGAAUAAACAAAAUGUCUCUAAACGACGCAGAAGUUCGGAAACAAAUCGAACAUAUGAUGGCAUUUAUAGAGCAGGAAGCCAAGGAGAAAGUGGAGGAGAUUGAUGCUAAGGCAGAGGAGGAGUUCAAUAUUGAGAAAGGUCGCCUUGUACAGCAGGAACGUCUUAAGAUAAUGAACUUUUUUGAAAAGAAAGAAAAGCAAGUUGAACUACAGAAGAAAAUUCAGAGGUCAAAUCAGUUGAACCAGUCCAGACUGAAGACUCUGAAGGCACAGGAUGACCAUAUUAAGGGUAUACUUGAUGAAGCAGUGAAACAGCUUGGUAAAGUAACACAAGACAAGGCUCAAUAUGGACAAGUUCUUAAGGGACUUAUUACACAGGUAAGAGGUGUUAUACAAGACAAAGAACUGUUAUUAUCUUUCAUGAAACAGAGUGUAAAGGAUGCAGCAGUAGAGGAAUAUAAAAAAGCUACAAAGAAAAAUACAGAAGUUACUAUUGAAGAGCAGGCAUUUUUAGGAUCUGACUGUGCUGGUGGUGUUGAAUUGCUAGCCAAACAAGGCCGGAUUAAAGUUGUCAAUACCUUAGAGAGCCGUUUGGAAAUGAUGAGUAGACAGAUGAUGCCAGAAAUAAGAGAGACAUUGUUUGGGGAAAACACACGGAGGGUAUUCUUGGACUGAUGCCUUGUUUUUUUGAUUGUUGACUUUCUUCUUGAAUAUAGAAUUUCUUUAAUCUAUGAGUUCUUUUGAUCUGUCGAUAGUAGAAAAAGAGUGUGUAUAUUCGUUCAUUGCUUAGGGCUGGGGUAUACAGCUUUUGUUGGAAAGUUGAGAAUUUUUAUCAAAAAUAGGGUGGGUGUGUUUAGUGUUCUUUUCCAUAUUUGUUUGUUGUUUUUUUUGUUUUUUUCACUAGAAAUGUUUCAAUCUUCUAAAACUGUUUCUUUUUUUUACGUUCGUAUGAUGGUGAACAGAAGUGUAACGCCGGUUUUGUUUUGGGUUUGUGAGUCAGUCCUUGAUCUGAAAAUAAAUCUCGAAAUUAAUGUGAUAAAUGAAAUUAAAAAAAAUAAUAGCCAUGUGCAUUAUUAGUUUGA